AUGUUGAGUUCCCCCAGGUUGUCAGGACGGCCUCUCGUGGGACUCAAUAUUAACGGCAAGAUAACCCUGUGCUUUCUUGACACUGGAUCUGAGGCCACGUUGAUAAAGCCUAGUGUCAUAGCUAUGAUCACGUCUUGCCAAAAGCUUCAGCACAAACCCUCCAACAAGAUUCUCCGAGGAGUAACAGGGCAACCACUUCAUGUGUCUGCUGAGGUGACACUUCAUUUUCAUAUGGCUGAUGAUUCCACCAUCGUUCAUCAGGCCAGUGUGGUUGACGCUUCCUUCCCAGGUGACAUUCUUAUUGGGAUGGAUCUCCUCAGGCGGCUGGACUUUACUUUCUCCUCUGAAGCCUUAACUGGGAAUGCCAUCAUUACUCUGCAGGGACACACGUUCUCAGUUGUCUACACUAAUGCAGAGUCUCUCAAGAUUUGCUGCAUCAAACCCCUGUCACCCACAGAAGUUGCCAGUGAAGAUGCACCAGAGUCUAACCAAGAUUCCCCGGCAGUUGCAGCAGUGCAUCUUGUACACCGUGCAAAUAUUGCAGCUCACAGUGGCUGUUUUGUAGAAGGGUCUCUUUCGCGGAGUGGGCCAACCGAUGGUGAUGUCCUAGUAAUUCCAACCAUGCCAAAAGGACUUCUCCUACCCCAUGCUGUCACCAAAGUAAAGGAUCGUCGGUGCUCCGUGUGGGUGGUGAACACAAUGCCCAAACAGAUGGUUCUCCACAAUGGAACACGCCUUGGAACAGCUGAGCAGGUAGAAGCCAUCUACAGCAAUGACCCAUCUCAACACCUGCCCGAAAUGCCUGAGGAAGUCGUCGCCAGGCCCAACUACUGUCCUGUCGAGUCUGAUUCCCUUGAAGAUGGUAACAGUAUCGACUUUGGGUGGGAAGAGGAUGGCUUUGAUCGACAGUAUGGAGUGGAGGACUUCGGUUAUAAUGAUGAUGAGUUGGAGGUUGAACACGCACAGCUACCGCCAUCCAUUGCCAUUGCCACCUGCGAAGCCGCCGAACUCCUGGAGCAUGAUGCAUGUCAGAAUGAUCAGCCAGAUCAGCCAGAUCUAGGCCACCUUGAAGAACCCCAACGCCAUAAGCUGACUGAACUGCUUUGUCGUUACAAGGGGCUCUUUGAUGGUGGUGAGGAAGCGGUAGGUUUACUCCCUGGGAUUAAGCAUCAAAUCGAUACAGGAGAAGCAAAGCCUGUUUGUAUCCGACAAUGGAGAUUGCCUCACUCCACACGGCAAGUCAUUCGAGAGCAAUGUGACUCCAUGCUUCGUACAGGGGUCAUUGAGGAGUCAACAUCACCCUGGAUGAGCCCAGUUGUGCUAGUGAAGAAGGGCGGAGGUCUCAGGUUCUGUGUUGACUACCGUGGCUUGAAUGCAGUGACCAAGGGAGAUACAUAUCCUCUGCCACUUAUCAAUGAACUCAUCGAUGAACUGGGACCAAAGAACAUCUUUACCACACUAGAUGCUCGUGCUGCAUACUGGAGUGUGGAAGUGGAAGAAUCCGACCGGCCAAAGACGGCAUUUUCAGAUGGCUACCGACUCUUCCAGUUCUGCCGUCUUCCUUUUGGGUUAUCGACAGCUCCAACCACAUUCCAGAGAACAAUGAAUGUCGUCCUAUCAUCAGUACUGGGACGUCAUACCCUAGCCUACCUAGAUGACGUCAUCAUCUACAGCCACAGCUUUGACCAGCACCUCCAACACCUUGAUGAGACUUUACAGUUGCUCUCAUUGGCUGGCCUAAAGCUUAACAUGGGAAAGUGUCAGUUUGCUGCGACAACCAUAGACUUCCUCGGCUUUACGAUUUCACCUGAUGGAGUCUCCCCAAACAGAGAUAAGGUGUUGGCUAUCUCUAGCACACCUCCACCAUGA